AUCGCGGCGUCGCUCAAGCUAGCGCGCAACCCGACACCGGUUCGCAUUGCGCUGAGCAACAGCCAGCUCGUCCGCGGCUCGGUCCAGCAGCUGGCGGCCGCGAUCGAUGUCUGCCAGCAGGUGACGCUCGGGCUCUUCUCGAGCCACUCGCGCAAAUUCAAGCUCGAGAUGGCGGCCGCUUUGGGCCAGACAGAUUCGUACAUAUCACGUAUCUAA